GACACAAGAUGGCGGCAGCGGCGCUGGGGAGGGCGAGGCGGAGGCGGCAAAACGGGAGGUCGAGCAGAACGUGUAGCCGCAUCUCUUCAAGUCCGCUCCGGGCAGUUGCUGAUACAAGGAGUUCCUUGAGCCCCUGUCCACUCCGCUGCUGACCAGUUCACCCACCUGUGCUGAGCCUUCCUCUGCUGCAGGCCUUCCCCAAUCUGUGUGGGACCUUGUGACGUGGGGGUCAGUCCAGCUGCAGAAGAAAACCCUCUCAUGCUAGCAUUGCAGACCCCAGAGGGUCCCGUGUGGGUGCUGAGAUGGCCAAUGAGAAUCACGGCAGCCCCCGGGAAGAAGCAUCUCUGCUGAGUCACUCCCCAGGCACCUCCACCCAGAGCCAGCCCUGCUCUCCAAAGCCAGUCCGCCUGGUACAGGACCUCCCAGAGGAGUUGGUGCAUGCGGGCUGGGAGAAGUGCUGGAGCCGGAGGGAGAACCGCCCCUACUACUUCAACCGAUUCACCAACCARUCCCUGUGGGAGAUGCCCGUGCUGGGCCAGCAUGAUGUGAUUUCGGACCCUUUGGGGCUGAAUGCGACCCCACUGCCCCAAGAUUCAAGCUUGGUGGAAACCCCCCCGCCUGAGAACAAGCCCAGAAAGCGGCAGCUCUCGGAAGAGCAGCCAAGCGGCAAUGGUGUGAAGAAGCCCAAGAUUGAAAUUCCUGUGACACCCACAGGCCAGUCAGUGCCCAGCUCCCCCAGUGUCCCAGGAACUCCAACGCUGAAGAUUUGGGGUGCAUCCCCUGAAGAUAAACAGCAAGCAGCUCUCCUUCGACCCACUGAGGUGUACUGGGACCUGGAUAUCCAGACCAACGCUGUCAUCAAGCACCGAGGGCCUUCUGAGGUGCUGCCACCGCACCCUGAAGUGGAGCAGUUCCGCUCCCAGCUCAUCCUGAAGCUGCGGCAGCACUAUCGGGAGCUGUGCCAGCAGCGAGAGGGUAUUGAGCCUCCACGGGAGUCUUUCAACCGCUGGAUGCUGGAGCGCAAGGUGGUGGACAAAGGAUCUGACCCCCUGUUGCCGAGCAACUGUGAACCAGUUGUGUCACCUUCCAUGUUUCGUGAAAUCAUGAAUGACAUUCCCAUCAGGUUAUCCCGAAUCAAGUUCCGGGAGGAAGCCAAGCGCCUGCUCUUUAAAUACGCAGAGGCUGCCAGGCGGCUCAUUGAGUCCAGGAGCGCAUCCCCCGACAGCAGGAAGGUGGUCAAGUGGAACGUGGAAGAUACUUUUAGCUGGCUUCGGAAAGACCACUCAGCCUCCAAGGAGGACUACAUGGACCGCCUGGAGCACCUGCGGAGGCAGUGUGGUCCCCAUGUCUCAGCAGCAGCCAAGGACUCCGUGGAAGGCAUCUGCAGUAAGAUCUAUCACAUCUCCCUGGAGUAUGUCAAGCGGAUCCGAGAGAAGCAUCUUGCCAUCCUCAAGGAAAAUAACAUCUCAGAGGAGGCGGAGGCCUCCGAGGUGGAGCCCCGCCUGGUGUACUGCUACCCAGUGAGGCUGGCUGUGUCCGCACCCCCCAUGCCCAGUGUGGAGAUGCACAUGGAGAACAAUGUGGUCUGCAUCCGGUAUAAGGGAGAGAUGGUCAAGGUCAGCCGCAACUACUUCAGCAAGCUGUGGCUCCUUUACCGCUAUAGCUGCAUUGACGACUCCGCCUUCGAGAGGUUCCUGCCCAGGGUCUGGUGUCUUCUCCGACGGUACCAGAUGAUGUUUGGUGUGGGCCUCUACGAGGGGACUGGCCUGCAGGGAUCACUGCCCGUACACGUCUUUGAGGCUCUUCACCGACUGUUCGGCGUCAGCUUCGAGUGCUUUGCCUCACCCCUCAACUGCUACUUCCGCCAGUACUGUUCCGCCUUUCCUGACACAGAUGGCUACUUUGGCUCCCGCGGGCCUUGCUUGGACUUUGCCCCGCUGAGCGGUUCUUUUGAGGCCAACCCUCCAUUCUGCGAGGAGCUCAUGGAUGCCAUGGUCUCUCACUUCGAGAAACUGCUGGAGAGCUCACCAGAGCCCCUGUCCUUCAUUGUGUUUAUCCCUGAGUGGCGGGAACCCCCCACACCAGCGCUCACCCGCAUGGAGCAGAGCCACUUCAAACGCCACCAGCUGGUCCUGCCCGCCUUUGAGCAUGAGUACCGCAGUGGCUCCCAGCACAUCUGCAAGAAGGAGGAGAUGCACUACAAGGCCCUGCACAACACGGCUGUGCUGUUCCUGCAGAACGACCCUGGCUUUGCCAAGUGGGGGCCGACGCCUGAGCGGCUGCAGGAGCUAAACGCAGCCUAUCGGCAGUCAGGCCGCAACCAUGGCUCCAGUUCUUCCUCCUCCUCCUCCUCCUCCUCAGAGGCCAAGGACCGGGACUCAGGCCGCGAGCAAGGCCCUAGCCGCGAGCCUCACCCCACUUAACACACCCUGCAGGGAGGAGGAGCCCCAGGGGUGCUGGUAUGGACUGCUGGGACCUGGGCCUCUGGAGGCUGAGCAGAUUCCAGGGCCCGCCCCUGGGGUGGCAGCAGGACUUGGGCUGCCAAUGACAUAGGAAUCUUGUGGCUCUGCCAGGGCUCCCCCUCCCUGCCCAUCCCCACUGCCUGCCUCAGACUCACUCCAAGUCCCUUGUAAAUAGGAAUAGGCCCAAAGCCUCCCUCACGCUGCCCCCGUUGGCGCCUUGUUUCAUUUGUAAAAGGAAAUACAGACAAACCCCCCCCCCCCGCACUUGUGAGGGUCUUGAGGACAGAGAAGGCUGAGAACCUGGAGCUACUUCUGGGACCAAUUCCCUUUCACACCCAGGCUCACCUUCUCAUGACCCCUGGGCCUUCACACCCCAUCAAGGGAUACAACUGGUCCCUUGCAUAACAGGUUGGAAGAACCCAGAGCCUAGAGCCUGCACUGUUUAGCUCCAAACUCCAUAGUUGGGCCUGCCCAGACACUUCUUGGGAGAUGACCAACAGCUAUGCCUUGUACCCAGGCCAAAAGCCACUUGCUGGCCCUGRUGCCACCCUGUGAGUGGGCAGCUACAUGUUUUAUUAUAGUCAAAGCUUAGAAGCUAGUCAGCCUGAGAGCUGCCUCAGACCUCAGGGUGUGGUGCCUACUCUCUAAGGACCUCUGAGCAGAGACCCCAGGGCAGAAAGCAGGCUGGAGGUGCUCGGCAAGGCUCCCUCCAGCUGGGCCUCUCCUGAGAUGAGGCAUCUGCAGCGAGGGUCUGCCCUGUGGUGGGACCACCGUACUUACAGAGGCAGGGCCAGCUGUGCUUCAGGGCCAGGUAGCCUCCACCUCACU